AUGUCGAACGCGAUAAUAGUCGUGAGUCUGCUGGUCCCGUUGUCACUUGCCGAAAAAAAAAUCAAUUUGGAAGACAUCGAGAAAGAUAAUCUCCACACGGAAAAUCAUUCACAUUCGUCGCUGUUAAAGCCAGAAUCUGACAACGGAGACGUACAAUACCCUCACCGGUAUUCAAACGAACGUGGAGCAGGAUUAGGGAGAUACACGAUAAUAGCGUCGAAUCACGUGGAAUAUAACGGGCAGACCGACGGUUACAACAAUGUAGAUAAUGCAGAUAGUGAUAUCAGAUAUCAGGUGAAUACAGAGGAUGCUGCUACCUCAAAAUCACAACCCGCUGAUGGCUAUGAUGACUCCACACCGCAAAUACGAGUUGUGCCAAAGGUGCUGGGACAGGCUGAUUAUCAAGGGCAUUUGUAUGAUUGGCCUCGAGCUGCUGUUGAUGAUCAAUAUCAAGGGGGUCAGCUGAAAAGCGCGGUAACGCGAUACCCAGUGCAGGCACUCAGAGAAGCCGUCUACAUUCCGGCGAGCCAAUUAUUGGCGUAUUCCCGAAAUUUCUGGCUGAACCAGCUCGCUCUACCAAAAAAUUUCGGCUUACUCCAGCACUUCAGUCCACAAGCUAUUGAAAAAUCCCCCGUUACGGUGUACAGACCGGCCCCAGGUCAAUCUGUACACAGUGCGUCGAAGUACCUAGGGUACCAAUCAGCGAUUGACCCGCAUCCAGAGGAGAUUCUCCCACCGCAGGUACUUCUCACCCAGCCGCAAAUCCAAUAUCUCCAAGAAUUCAUUUCGAAGCCAACGAAUUCUCUCCGCGAUCAGGCGGAAGUCAAUCAUGCGACAACUUACGCUGCUGCACCUGUCUACGGACAAGGCCAGACUGUUUCCUACACGCAAGGUCAAUUGAGGCACCUCAGUAGCUACGAUGAGCCCAAAAAAAUGCAGUACAGCAUACGUCUUACUAAACCUGUUUACCGGACACAAAGCGAUCAUAGUGACGAGCAGCGACAUUUAAAGAUAUCGAAUGCACCGAGACAGGAUUUGGCGGCCCCACCACUGCCCGAGUCUCCGAGUGAUCUACAUUCCGGUAGAGAUGGUCAUCAGCUCUAUGUGCAGAAUCACAUUGAUCAUGUGCCUGAGCCGAAGUCAUUAUUAGGCUCGUACAUUCCGAGUCGCGUAAUCGCCGCGCAAGACACUGCUAGGUAUCGGGAACGACCCUUGAAGCUCGAGGGUGGGUUCCUACCGUCUAAGAAUUUCUUCCAUGUUUAUGGGAAGCGGAAAGCAAAAUACGUUGAGUAA